UUCCUCUUUUAGAGCAGAAGAAGCCUUCUCUAUCUCUUCUCCAUUUUCUUCCAAUAAUCGGAUAAGCCACACACGCAACGGACCCGCCACCUAUAUCUCCGUUAACUCAGCCCCGUUUAAGAUCUUUCUCAGAUCUGAUUUUCUCUCACUGGUAGGUUCUUGUCGUCUUCUUUCCAAAUUCCAAUCCCACCACACUGUGGACUAUCUAGAGGGUUAAUCGUCCUUGUUCUUCUUCACCACUGAUUAGAUUUCGUUUUAACUGUAUUUAGAGAUGACUGUGACAUCCUGGACCUCAUUUCAUUCAGUUUUGGUUCGGUGAAAUAGUUAGGAAGAUUGCAUUGAGGGAGAUUAGUAUAUUUGGACGGUUACCCACAUAAGUGUUUGAUUCAAGAUUGAUUCCAUUAAUUGCCUGAAUUGAUAUUUGAAUGAGAAGAGACCUGUAAAAGGACAUAUACGAUGGCCAGAUGAGUUAAACUAAUGUUCUUAGCAUUAGAAGGAGGAGGAUUCUUCUCUUCAUCAGCUUCUGGUUACAGUAAAGGACUGACCCUGCUUUUACUGGGUAAGAAGAACGAAGAGAAGCCCAUGAGAGUUUCUCCGUUGAACCAGUGCCAGUUGGUGGACCGAGAAUCAGACUCUGAUCUCCAACUGGCUUCCACAAAUAAUAGGGUUGUCCGCGGCUGCGCAUCCGUUGUUUGUUUUGGUUGCGCUGCCGCAGGACUUGAGAGCCCGUCUCCUCUAAAAGUAGGUCCUGCAAUACAGACCGACGUCCUCAUUGAGCCUCCUGUUUUUGAUGAUAUACAAUCUAAAGAUGAUGUUGAUAAUGAAGAAGGUCAAGUACUAAAGACUUGUUUGAAAAGUAGUCUGAAGAGACCUGCUGUGAUUGGAACUGAGCUCGAAGCUUCUGGUGAGAAGCAUUUCAAUACAGAAAAGAGAAAAGUGCAAUGGACUGAUGUUUCCGGUGGAGAUCUUGCAGAGAUUAGAGAAUUUGAGCUCAGCGAUGUGGAUGAAUCCGAUGAUGAAUAUGGCAAUGGGAAGGGGAAAAGUUGUUCAUGCACUAUAAUGUAGGUACUUACAGUGUAUAUUCAUUCAUCUUCCAUAAAUUCUCACUUAAGUACCUUGAUGGAGCUGGCUUCUUUUCCUCGUGAAGCUUUUCCGAAAGGGAAGUGGAUGUGGGAGCCAGGUUGUUACAGAUUUGUAGAAAAUUCUGUAGUUGUUUGAUGGGAGUGAAAUUUUAUUAUUAUUAUUGUCUAUAUAUCCAUUUUUUUCCUUUGAGAAUUCAAUUUUGUAUUUUCUUCUUUGGUUAAAUUAUGUUCCUAUUGGCUUAUUU